GUUUGUGUCAGCUUCAAAAAUAAAAAAAAUUAUUAUUAUGAAUUUAAUAAAACUGCUAUCAACUUUUAUCGGGUUUAUUUCAAUUGUAACAAUAAAUGGGGAACUAGUUACAUUGGAUGGACAAUGUCCAACUAGUGGAAUUGAACCAGACGACUUUGCUCGACCAGAUAAUGUAGUAGGAAUAUUUAAUAUUGUUGAACAAUCAGCUGAGGAUACUAUAAGCAGUAGUAAUGGAAGAGUAUUAUUGACACCUGAUGGAGACACAGUUACAAUUAGAGACCGUUAUAUACCUAAUUCCGGUGAUCAAUGUAGUGAGCGGCAAAUUAAGCUCAAUUAUACAGGCGUAGAAGGAUUCUUUGAUGUAUCUUAUCAAGCUCAACCUGAUUCGAGUUUUCAAGACGGAUAUCAAGGAUACAUUUUACGACUUCAAACGUACUCUACAAACAAUGGUGAAAUCGCUAUAUAUUCUAUAAUACUGUUCAUAUGCCGUGAUAUAUCAGAUUCACAAUUUGAAUUUGAUCUUCCAGUAUAUUCACUAUUAACAGAUUUGUCUCCAAGACUGCGAGAAGAUGUUGCAUUAUAUUUAGCAUAUAAUGAUCUUCUAGAUUUGGAAGAAUAUCUUAAACCAGAAAAACAGAAUGAAGAAUGUUUAUUUUCUGAUGAAGAAGAAAAUGCAAACUACGAUAUAUUGUAACGUUCUAACUUUAAUCAUUCACGUCACACAGUGAAAAAUAUUUGGUUU